UUUACUUGUCGCUUGUUUCGGAAGACUUGAUUGUUUAUUAUUAUUAUUAUUUAAUAUAUUCACAUGGGUAAGCUAUUUUUUGGGGAAAUCAUUUAUUCACAGAAAACUUCUUCAAAACAGACUUCAGAUUAAUCCGGGCGACGAAAUUCGAAUGCAGUUUUCGACGCUAGCUAACGUCAGCUAGCGACAUAGCUAGCUAUUUAGCCGAUUACCGUUUUAGAUUAGCCUCUUUCGGCUUGCCUUUCCCGAAUUAAAGCGCGUAUAUUCGGCUUCCUGUUCUUGUAUUUUAUUUGUUUUUCUAUAUCAAAGAUUUAUCUUUCUUUAAAAAAUGAAUAUUUUGCCGAAAAAGAGUUGGCACGUCCGCAAUAAGGACAACAUCGCGCGCGUGCGUCGAGACGAACAGCGCGCGGCCGAGGAGGAGGACGAGGUGCGGCGGCGCGCAGAGCGCGCGGAGCAAGAGGCUCGGACAGAGUAUCUGCGGAGGAAAUCCCGUGCGGCGCUCGAGCACACAGCAGGACCGAGGGACGAGGUAGAGACGAGCGGAGAGACUGGCGCGUCCGAGCAUCUCAACCUGUUUCCUCUGGAGGACUCAUCAGAGAAGAAGGGCAACACUGAGUACCUCCGUGAGAAGAAAGAGGAAAAAGAGAAACAGGAGCGUGCGAUUGGUCUGUUGGUGUCUCUUGGCCCCACCCCUGGCACAGACGCCACACCCUGGUAUCUGAAGGAGAGAGAGAGAGACAAAGAGAGACAGAAGGAGCGAGAGAGACAAGACAAGGGCAAAAGGAAAAGAAUCAGUGAGGAGGAGAGAGAGAAGAAAGACAAGAAGUUAAAGGACAAUCUGGACCCUAUGAAGGACAUCAAGAAAGCUCUGGCGGUGAAAGACAGGAAGGAGAAGAAGCACAAGAAGAAGGAGAAGAGAGAUAAAGGGGAGAAGACGGGUGCAGCGAGCUCGAGAGAGGAACUGCGGGCAGAGCGACUGAGGAGGGAAGCGGAGGAGAGGAGGCGUGCUCAGGCCCUGCUGGACCAGAGGAACGGAGUGGGAGGAGCCAAGGAUGGACAGAAGGAACCUGAGGAGAGAGAAAGAGCAUACAACAGUGCUUUCUUUCCUGAACUGGCACGCAAGCGGCGGAGAAGAGACAGAGACAUCGUACAGGAAUUCCUGCAUUCCAACUCCUAGACUCUACUGUUUCAUUCAGACUGAAGCUCUGCCUUCAUUUCAACACAGUGUGACAUCACUGAUGUGAUGAUGUCAUCAAAAUAAGUGCAUUUCCAUCCACAGGCGAUCACAGUGACACAUGAACACACAUGUUGCACAUGGUAUAAUUUAACCCACAUACACACACAUACACACACACUGCAUCCAUGCCCCUGUAUCUCAGUGUGUUUAUAUGAGCAGGUAUAUAAAAUCUCUGUAAAGAUCA